AUGAUCAAUGGAGAGGAAUCCUCGAAAGUCGCUUCUCUAGAUUUUUCUGAUCGAUUACUGCACAAGGUAAGCGGCGGGGAUGACUCGCCGGGUUCUUCAUUACAUUACUCGUCCUGUGGUGAAUCAGAGUUUGAGCGGUAUUGUAGUGCGAAUUCGGCUUUGGGUACCCCAAGUAUGUGCAGCUCCACAGGACCAUUUCACGAUUCCUUGGAAUCUGAAUUUGACUCUUCCAAAGGAGCUUUUUUGUCUGGGGAAUUUGAGAAUUUUAGCUUGGGACCAAGUCUAGUCAAGCUUGAUCGAGGAAUCGGGUUUUCUAAAGAGGGUAUCACGAAUGGGUAUUAUAACGAUGGGAUUAGUAGUGCAGGCGGGACAAGCACCGUGAAUGUGAACACUAAUAUGAUGCAAGAAACUGGAUAUAGUGAAGAUAUGUGUGAUGAUUUGACGGGUACUAAGGUUUGCGAUGAAGCUACAGUUGAAAGGGAUUCCAUGAAUCAGUUGAGUGAUGCGGAUGACAAUGAGUUUUUAUGUGGAUCAGAUUCGCAGCUCCAUAAAAGUGGUAUAGACAGAGAAGGUGGCAGUUCAAUAGAUGAUGAGCAUUCUGACGGUGAUGACUCAUUAAGUGAUACGGGUGACGAUUCUCAUAAAAAGUUAUGUUUUCUAUGGAAUUUACAGGAUAAAGAGGAGUCUAAAGCUGAGAGCGAUAAUCCUUUUCUCAUCAAUUCGUCCACUGCCUUUGGUACAAAUGAUUGGGAUGAGUUUGAGCUUCAAGCCACACAACUUAUUGACACGCAGUUUGACUUCAGUGGGUUUGAGGAGCAUGACAAAGGGUGUACUGAAACUAAAGGGACAUCCAAACAAUCAUUUUCUGCAGCUUUACAAAAGCUUCCAGAUGUAGCUCAAGCAGGAAAAGGGCAAGAACAGAUAAACGCACCUGUGAGCACUGGACAUACUCCACAUGUAGGUUACUUCCAUGCAAAUAUUGAAGAUAUUCAAAGAUCUAGAGAUUUAACUGUCUUGACUCAAAGGGAGCAAGGUGGCAUAGCAAGAGACAGCAUAACUGACAGAGGUUCUGGAGACCUGAGCGCUGAAAGCAGAACCUUGGUGGUUCCUCAAUCAAUGGUAACAGAAGAAUUUCUUCGAGACAGUUGUCUUAGUAAUAGUCAGACUGAAGAUAGACCUGUAGGAAUGAAGUACCUUCAAUCUUGUAGCGCUGACAACGUCCUAGAUAUUACACCAAUUGAGUUAGGAAACGAAGAUUCUUCAGGUGGGGUUUGCGGCCUCGAUGGCGAUGUUUCUUAUGGACUACUUCAUGAAUCAUCUGAGAAUGCAAUACAAUCAAAUCCAUUUGGAGAGUGCACCUCAGAACCUUUGUUGUCAUCUUUGAACUCUGAUGAGCCAUCAUCUAGAGAUUCCCAUCCUGGAACAAAUGCCUUACAAGUCACUAACACCCAACCUAAGAAGGAGAACACAGAACUUAACGACAUCUAUGAUGAUUUUGUUCAUGAUAUGGAAGAAAUACUGCUCGACGCUGGUGAAUCAUCUGGGGCAAGGUAUACUAAGAGUGACAAGAUGUUCCAACUACAGCUCUCUCUGCCUAACAGAGAUGGGGGGGAAACUGCUACAACGUCUGGUAUAUAUGAUUCAUCUCCAAUAGUUUCCCAGAGAUUUAGGAUUGAUAGGGUUGAAAUUGUCGGGGUAAAGCAAAAGAAAGGUGAUGUCUCGCUGAGUGAGAGAUUGGUUGGGGUGAAGGAAUACACAGUGUAUGUCAUAAGGGUUUGGAGUGGAAAGGACAAGUGGGAAAUUGAAAGAAGAUAUCGUGAUUUCUAUAGUCUCUACCGUCGAUUGACAUCUUUAUUUGCUGAUCAAGGCUGGACGCUUCCUACACCUUGGGCCUCUGUGGAAAGAGAAUCCAGGAAAAUAUUUGGAACAUCGCCCAAUGCCGUUGCUGAAAGGACUAUCCUUAUACAAGAUUGUUUAAACUCAGUUCUCCAGUCCCGAUUUUUUCCCACACUUCCAAAUGCUUUACUUCGGUUUUUGUCCCCUCAAGAUAAAAGUUCUUCUGGAUCAGAUUCCAUAAUGUCUCCAACAGGCUCUGCUGGCAUCACUGUUGCUGCAACAAGUUCAUCCUAUGGAAAUACCAUCUCGCUUAUUGUUGAUAUUCGGCCUCACAAAUCAGUGAAGCAGUUGCUAGAAACUCAGCAUUACAUUUGCGCUGGAUGUCACAGAUACUUUGAUGAUGGAGCCACUCUUGUGCGAGACUUUGUGAAAGCUCUUGGAUGGGGCAAGCCUCGACUUUGCGAAUAUACUGGUCAAUUGUUUUGUUCUUCCUGCCAUACAAAUGACAUGGCGGUCCUGCCAGCGAGAGUGUUACAUCAUUGGGAUUUUAAUCGUUAUCCAGUUUCUCAACUGGCAAAAUCAUAUCUGGACUCCAUACACGAGCAGCCUAUGCUUUGUGUCAGUGCAGUCAAUCCUUUUCUUUCCUCGAAGGUCCCUGCACUCAACCAUAUUAUGAGCAUCCGGAAAAGAAUAACAAUUAUGCUUCCAUAUGUACACUGCCCAUUCCGCAAGACACUCAACAAAGGACUCAGUACUCGGAGAUACAUUUUUGAGAGCACUGAUUUUUUUGCUUUGAGAGAUCUAAUUGAUCUUUCGAAAGGGCCAUUUGCAGCUCUUCCUGCAAUCGUGGAGACUGUUCGGAGGAAAAUACUGGAACAUAUCACAGAACAGUGCCUUGUUUGUUGCGAUGUGGGGGUUCCCUGUAAUGCCCGACAAGCUUGUGAUGACACAUCCUCUUUAAUAUUUCCAUUCCAGGAAGAUGAGGUUAACAAAUGCCGGGCGUGCGGUCUGGUUUUCCACAAGAAAUGCUUCUCAAGACUCUCAAACUGCCAUUGCGGAGCACAACUAAAGCCAAACAAGAGCUCUGCAGAGGUGCAAGUGUCGGAGAGGAAAUCAGAUUCCACGUCUGUCUUGCCUCUAAGAUUCCUCACGGGUUUAUUUGGAAAGACAAAGAAAGACAAAGAAACAACUAUUCUAAUGGGUUCACUUCCAACCAAUGAUCUAUAG